UCUCUCAAGCCUUCAGAAAGCUCAGGCUCCCUGACAACGUUGUAGAGCUAGCGGGCGGCCCUGCUGGGAAUGGAAUUCGGUUUCCCAGAUUCCAGAACCCAGGCUCUCAGCCACUGUGGGCACCAGGAUGCUAGCUGACCCCUGACCCAGAGAGAGGAGCAGGAUGCUGGGGAAAGGGAAGGAGGUGGAGAGAGCAGAGGAGAGGAUGUGAGGGAGCACACCGUGUCUGGGGAGCCCUGUGGGGAAGGGGUGCGGCUCCCCGGCCAGACGAGGGCCUUGAGUGCAUGAGUCUGUCCUCCACCUGGUUCUGAGACAGAGCAGGUGUCUGUGCUGCCCUGGCAGGAAUCACAUGUGGCUUGAUUUUAUUUUUAAAUACAAUGUUGUCCCCUUUCCUCCAUGCACUUGGUCCAUGUGUGUUUCUCUCUCCUUCAGAUGCUCACCCUCGGCCACUUUCCUCCACACCUGCAUCUCCAGAUCUGUUCAUGGAUUCGGAAUCGGAUCUCAGGGAGCCUCCGACAGAGACUAGGGCAUGAGUCAUCUUCAGUUGCUUGUGCGGACCCUGAGCAGAGCCCUGAGCCUCACCUUUGGGCCUGUCUCUUGCAGAUUAUUGGGACCAUUCCUCUGAUGCCGAACCCGGGGCCACCGAGCCAAGCAGCGAGCGGCACUCAGGGCCUUCAAGUGCAGCCCAUCACCCCCCAGCUCCUGACAAAUGCCCAGGGCCAGAUCAUCGCCACGGUCAUCGGGAACCAGAUCCUGCCAGUGAUCAACACCCAGGGCAUCACGCUGUCACCCAUCAAGCCCGGCCAGCAGCUCCACCAGCCCUCCCAGACGUCAGUGGGUCAAGCAGCCUCCCAGAGCAGCCUUCUGCACCUGACUCACAGCCCAGCAUCCAUGUCUCAAAGCCCCGUCCGGCAGGCUUCCUCUUCUUCCUCCUCAUCCUCUUCCUCUUCAGCUUUGAGCGUGGGCCAGUUAGUCAGCAAUCCUCAAACGGCAGCGGGUGAGGUGGAUGGGGUUAAUCUGGAGGAGAUCCGAGAAUUUGCCAAAGCUUUUAAAAUCCGGCGCCUGUCCCUUGGCCUGACCCAGACUCAGGUGGGACAGGCUCUCAGUGCCACAGAGGGCCCCGCGUACAGCCAGUCGGCCAUCUGCAGACACACCAUCCUGAGAAGCCACUUUUUCCUACCACAGGAAGCCCAAGAGAACACUAUAGCUAGCAGUCUGACAGCCAAACUGAACCCUGGCCUUUUGUAUCCUGCCAGGUUUGAAAAGCUGGACAUCACCCCUAAAAGUGCCCAGAAGAUCAAGCCGGUGCUUGAGCGGUGGAUGGCUGAGGCUGAGGCCCGCCACCGAGCAGGUAUGCAGAACCUGACCGAGUUUAUCGGGAGUGAACCGUCCAAAAAGCGCAAGAGGCGCACCUCCUUCACGCCCCAGGCCCUUGAGAUCCUCAAUGCCCACUUUGAGAAGAACACCCACCCCUCUGGGCAGGAAAUGACCGAAAUUGCCGAGAAGCUGAACUAUGACCGGGAAGUAGUUAGAGUUUGGUUCUGCAAUAAGAGGCAAGCCCUGAAGAACACGAUCAAACGCUUAAAACAGCACGAGCCGGCCACGGCCGUCCCCCUGGAGCCCUUAACAGACUCGCUGGAAGAAAAUUCCUAAAGAGACACCCGCCAGGAAUCGGGGGGAAAAAAAUCCACAGAAACUAAACUCCACCCUUGGGACUUCAUCCCCUCACCCCUCCAAAAGAGAGGGGAAAAAUUAAAUUAAAAGUAAAUAAAUUUUAAAACAGCCCCCGUCAUCACCCUUGUAAGUAACAGACUAAGAAAAUUACCAAGUGGACUGGCUGGUUUAUACAUGUCCAUUGGAUUUUCCAAAAAAAGAAAAAUUGUUUUUGAAAAUUUUUAAACGAGGAAUACACCACAGCGCAGGUGUGUGUGCUGGGAUCCUUCCUGCCCCCACCUGUCUCCCCAAAGCCAGUUUUUUAAUGGACUUAAAGCAGACCAAAUAACCACGUACUUUUUUCUGUAUAUGAUGAACAUAUGAACACAUUUUAAGGAAAAAGAAAAACAACUAAACCAAAAAAAAAAAAAGAAAAUCCAAAACAAAACAACACAAAAACCCCACUAACAACAAACAAAAACUUUUCUCUGUUCAAAGCAAAUACAAGCCUGCCACCUGGAGGAGGGACUGCGGACGGCAUUCUUUCAGGGUCUAAGUGCUGAUUCACUAUGAAACCUACUAACCAAAGUCAGAAACAUGGCAUUGCAAACGCGACCACGAGUCAACUCUGCUCUGCGUGUCAAGUUGUGUUCGGAAUUUUUACAUUUGUACUUAACGGAAAGAUAGCAAGCCUGAUUUCUCCCAUCUUUCCCAUCUGCUGUCACCACCUCCGGGGUGGGUGCUAUUGCUGAAGCCAUUCCGUGAGGCUCACUAGUGUUUUAUUUGGGGGGCUGGGGAGGUCUUUUCCGUUUCUCUUUGUUUUGAGGGGGGUUGGGCAUCCUGGAUCGUGUGCCAAAGCAUCCGUUGCUUUCUUCUCACUAUGACUUGUGGGUUUGAGAAAAGAAAAUGGAGCUCUCGUUGCUCAUCUUCCUCCAUCUCUCCAUCUCCAUCGUGCGUGGCCUCCAGGGUCUGCUGGAAGGCCACGGAGUGGGAACGAUGUCUUUUCCACUCAGAUCCCGGUGAAAUGCAGGAGAGACUCCAAAAUUACUAGGGCUUUGCUCGAUGAGUUGUCAACACUGGCAUAAAGCUGUAAUUCUGCUCACUGUCCACACCAGAGCUUGGGAUUUUUCUCAGUCUGCUGGCCACGUACAUGGAGAGCUGACCAAAACUAAUUUUGUAAUAUAAACAUAAGCUGCACAUUUGGUUCAAUACUUACAUCUAUGUUAUGCUUCUGUGCAAAGCAAUUUCUCUCAGAAGUCUGAUAGCCAAAGAAAUGUCUCAAGAUUUCAGUCGAAUACACAUAUAGCAUGCAAACACCCAUAUACACACAAAGAAAAGAGUCCAAAGAGAGAGGGCGAGUGACUGGAUCGUUCAAGGCCAUCGUGCAUCCUGUAAAGCCCACCUUUUCCGCUACCAUUUUGAUUCCAAUAGGGAUGGGGGGGCGGGGGAGGGGAGGGGAGCAAGUAUUCUUGGGAUCUGUUAAUGGAGCAGAAAGUUGGCAGACAAAUUAAACAAUUGGAAUUGCAGCUGGGUUCUUGAGGGGAAAGGAAUUUUUAACAAGGAAGCGCCUCCACUGAAAGGAAAAAUGUAGCAGUCACAAGAGCCUCUACUCUCAGAACGAGGGGAUUAUUUCACUUUUCAGAAUAACUUACGUCCAAGAACUGUGGGCCCAAAUAACCUACUAAGCCAGAAGGAGAAGGUAAGAGGGGAGGAUGGCUGUGCAGGUGGGACCUACAGCUGAUGUUUUCUGUAGAGACAGGCAAAAAGUGUUCCAUCAUAAGCACAGGCGAAAAGAAGCAUCCGAGAUGUAAAUAUUCGGGAAUAAUUAAUUCAUAAUCAAUACUGCCUAGAAGUAAAUUGUGAAAGGGAAAAAAAAAAGUGGCCCAACUGACUAGAAAUGCCAUCUUCUUCCCCUAACACAGUCCCUCCCCCCGUAGGGAUCUGAGUUUCUUCUUCAUUUGGCCCUUGUGCUGGUGGUGUCAAUGCAAUGGUAUAACUGUCCCCACCCUACCCCCCUCCCCAGAUGACUCAUGCAGGAAACAGGAGGCCACCCAGCAAGGAAACUCUAAAAGAAAUCCUGGAAGUGGAACCAGCUGCUUGUACAGGUGUUUCCAUUUCGCCAGUCUGACGCUGAGCGGACCACCGCGAACCUGAUCCUCAGUGCCGGCGACAUCGUGGUACCCGUUUGGCCACCUCAAAAACUGCUUGAAUAGCAGCAACCCAGAAAUCCAAAAAUGCAUUGAUUAAACAGAUUUUGUAUUCUCCCAGGACCUGCUCCAAAUUCCAUCAAGAAAAGCUCCCCAAGAAGAGAAAUUAACAAGAUAACAUGAUGGAUGCUAAAUGUUUAAACAUAUGCCAGCAGCAGUUACAUAAGGCCUGCUCAGUUUGGAGAUCUAUAAUUGGGAGGGUAUAACUAAGACAGUAAAAAUAAAAAAGAAAAGUAAUCUUCCAGAAUGGAGUAAAAAAGUAUAUUCAUCCCACAGUCGUAAAACCAUUCAUGUGCAGUGAUUUUUUUUAUAGUUUUAUAAUUUUGUAUUGUUUUAUAAAUUAUUUAUAAGGUGUUGUAAUGCUUCUUAUAUUAAUUUUUUACAGAUAAAUUUUUUGCUACAAGGCAUUAAAAGGUGCCUGAACAGAUUCUUAGGAAUAUAAAUUAUACUAUGUAACUCGUAAGUCUUUGGGACCACACCUGUUGCUUAAUUUUAUUACGUUUCUUAUUUCCACUUGUAAACAACUUCACAUGCCAGUAACAUUUAAGUGUCUUUUAUGUUUCCAUGAACUGAAGGUUAAGGUUGCCACUAACAAAAAAUAAAAGCCGCUUCAGGCAUAUGUGAUUGUAUUUCAAGCUUUAACAUUUUCUUUUAUGUUUUUAAAUUAUUGUCAUCUUCGUUUUCUUCAUUGUUUGACAACAACAACAAAAAGACUGAUGUUAUAUUUUACACUUGUUUGUGGGGUGGUUUUUUUCUUUUUAAAUCAAAAAAAAUUGUGAACAGUUGAGAGUUUUAAUUGCAUUGCAAGGUUUUGGGUUUCUUUAUGUUGAAAUCACACGAUACACAACACAUGCGUGCACGCACACCCACACACACACUCCACAAAAGAGAGAACAAAAAACAGCAAAAGGAGCUAGGGGAAAAAAAAACAAAAAACAAAAAACAAGUAGAGGCGUAUCAAAGAACUCAAGCUAUAACCAAAAAGAAAUUGUAAAAAAUGCCUUUGCUCAUCUUCUCUUCGCUGGACCAAAGCUCAAUGUUUGUAGGUAUAUGCACAUUGUAUAGAUAAUGGCUAAAUGUUGCUGACAAUCUUGCAAUACUAAACUGUUCCUAUUU